GCCCCGCAGAGCAGCCAUGGAGGUGAUGAACAUGAUGGAGCAGCCGAUCAAGGUGACGGAGUGGCAGCAGACCUACACCUACGACUCGGGCAUCCACUCCGGCGUCAACACCCAGGUGCCCUCCGUCAGCAGCAAGUGCCUGGGGGAUGAUGACGAGGUCUACGGGAAGCAGUACACCAUCAAGAAGACCACCACGAGCUACUGCCAGGGAGGAGGCCAGAGCCAAGCACAAGCGGAUAUGGAGGCUCAGCUGGCCAUGACCCGGGCUCAGCGCGUCCGGGCCGCCAUGUACCCCGAGACGGUGGAGGACCGCUCCCUGCUCAUCACCACGCAGGUGGAGGGGCAGCAGACCAACGUGCAGCGCCUGGCCGAGCCCUCGCAGAUGCUCAAGUCUGCCAUCGUGCACCUCAUCAACUACCAGGACGACGCCGAGCUGGCCACCCGCGCCAUCCCGGAGCUCACCAAGCUGCUCAAUGAUGAGGACCCGGUGGUCGUCAGCAAAGCGGCCAUGAUCGUGAACCAGCUCUCCAAGAAGGAGGCGUCCCGCCGUGCACUGAUGCAGUCGUCCCAGAUCGUGGCGGCCGUGGUGCGCACCAUGCAGAGCACCAGCGACCUGGACACGGCCCGCUGCACCACCAGCAUCCUGCACAACCUCUCCCACCACCGCGAGGGCCUGCUCUCCAUCUUCAAGUCCGGUGGCAUCCCGGCCCUCGUCAGGAUGCUCAGCUCGCCGGUCGAGUCGGUCCUCUUCUACGCCAUCACCACCCUGCACAACCUGCUGCUCUACCAGGAGGGGGCCAAGAUGGCCGUGCGCCUGGCCGACGGGCUGCAGAAGAUGGUGCCCUUGCUGAACAAGAACAACCCCAAGUUCCUGGCCAUCACCACCGACUGCCUUCAGCUCCUCGCCUACGGCAACCAGGAGAGCAAGCUGAUUAUUUUGGCCAACGGAGGGCCCCAAGCCCUGGUGCAGAUCAUGCGCAGCUACAACUACGAGAAGCUGCUGUGGACCACGAGCCGGGUGCUCAAGGUGCUGUCGGUGUGUCCCAGCAACAAGCCCGCUAUCGUCGAGGCCGGCGGCAUGCAGGCGUUGGGCAAGCACCUGACCAGCUCCAGCCCCAGGCUGGUGCAGAAUUGUCUCUGGACCCUGCGGAACCUCUCUGACGUGGCCACCAAGCAAGAGGGGCUGGACGGCGUCCUCAAGAUCCUGGUGAACCAGCUGAGCUCCGACGACGUGAACGUGCUGACCUGUGCCACCGGCACCCUCUCCAACCUGACCUGCAACAACAGCAAGAACAAGACCCUGGUGACGCAGUCGAAUGGGGUGGAGGCCCUGAUCCACACCAUCCUGCGGGCGGGCGACAAGGAGGACAUCACCGAGCCGGCCGUGUGCGCUCUGCGGCACCUCACCAGCCGGCACCCCGAGGCCGAGAUGGCGCAGAACUCCGUGCGGCUCAACUACGGCAUCCCCGCCAUCGUCAAGCUCCUCAACCAGCCCAACCAGUGGCCACUGGUCAAGGUCGUCGGCCUGAUCCGCGACCUGGCCCUGUGCCCAGCCAACCAUGCCCCGCUGCAGGAGGCGGCCGUCAUCCCCCGCCUGGUCCAGCUGCUGGUGAAGGCGCACCAGGAUGCUCAGCGUCACGUCGCAGCCGGCACGCAGCAGCCCUACACGGACGGCGUGAAGAUGGAGGAGAUCGUGGAGGGAUGCACGGGAGCGCUGCACAUCCUGGCCCGGGACCCCAUGAACAGGAUGGAAAUCUUCCGGCUCAACACCAUCCCUCUCUUCGUGCAGCUCCUCUACUCGCCCGUGGAGAACAUCCAGCGCGUCGCGGCUGGCGUGCUGUGCGAGCUGGCCCAGGACAAGGAGGCAGCAGAUGCCAUUGAUGCCGAGGGGGCCUCGGCUCCGCUCAUGGAGCUGCUGCACUCCAGGAACGAGGGGACAGCCACCUACGCGGCUGCCGUGCUCUUCCGAAUCUCCGAGGACAAGAACCCUGACUACAGGAAGCGCGUGUCCGUGGAGCUCACCAACUCCCUCUUCAAGCACGACCCCGCGGCGUGGGAGGCGGCUCAGAGCAUGAUCCCCAUCAACGAGCCCUACUCAGACGAGCUGGACCCCGGCUACCGCCCCAUGUACUCGGGUGACAUCCCCCUGGACCCCAUCGACAUGCACAUGGACAUGGACGGAGACUACCCCAUGGACGCCUACAGCGACGGCGUCCGGGCGCCCUUCGCCGACCACAUGCUCGCCUAAACCCGCGCCCCAGACCCCGCACCAGGUGUUUCCUCCAUCCCGAGAGGGUGGCCCCAGAGCUGAGCAUUCGCGAGAAGGACUUGGGAGACAGAAGUGCCUGAGAAGACAAACUUUUCCAUUCCCACGAGAGGUUUUGUUUCUCAAUUUUUAUUAUUUUUUCUUCGCUGUGGGUCUGUGGAGAAGGUCCUUCCUCCUGGGACUGCUUCAAGCACCUACUGCCGCAUCCAGCAUCCAAGAUACUGUUUCUGAAGCUUUAAGACACACAAACCUUGCAUCAUUAUCAACCUUUCAUUGGCAAAAUAGUCUUUUCUAUGAAUAUAUAUAUUUCUUUUUUAUUUUUAAUAUGGUGCCAACGGCUUUUGCCGUCUUUAAGUUUGUGCUUUCUAACUUCCCCACUACUCGUUCUGCGUGUUAGUGUCCUAGAAAAAGGAAUCUAACAUGAGAAAACCCUUUGUCUUCGGCGAACUCUGACUUACUCAAUCAGGCCAAUCCGGAGUUUGCUGAAAACAAACGGUCCCAUGUCCCAAGACCUUCGUUUUAGCCAUCGGGAUGUCUGCGGUUUAAUCCUUUCUGAUCAGCCGUUGGGGAGCUGACUUUGUGUAACUGCCUGUCCUAACAGUAACAAUAGAGAAGUGACUCCAGCAUUAGGAACCGUGUCCUUGUACUGAUCUCUGUUGCACAUUUUAACCCGUUUCCCUUCUUUUUGGUGAGUGGUGUGUUUCCGUCCCCUCUUUCCUUACCUUAUGAUUUUUUUUUUUAAAAAAAAAAAGAGGCUCUAGAGCUGAGGGUUUUAAUGCUCCGACUGGAAAUGGAUGGACUGUUACCGGAGUGUGGUUCAGGAAUGGAAGAUUUUAUUAUUUCUGUAAGUUGUUUUUGUAUAGACCAAAGCAAAGAAUAAAAUAACCCCCCCCAGCC